AUGACGCUGAGAACAAGAGAUGCUUUUGCGCUCUUGAGUGUAACUGAAGAAUCACUGGGUACCCGCUCCAAAGUGGUCACAAAAAACGCCAAAGAGAACUGCGAGAUGUAUGCUAGGAACUACGUCGAUUUCACUUACCUCAAUCCCACUGUGUGGCAUGUCACCAGGCAUUUUGGCGAAGCGCUCAAGAAAGCUGGGUUUCAGUACCUCCCUGAGAAAGAACUGUGGGCGGGUAUCGAGCCGGGAAAGUACUAUACGACAAGGAGUGGCUCGUCUUUGGUAGCUUUCGCUAUCGGGGAAGAUUGGGUUCCAGAGAUUGGAAUUGGGGCUAUUGGCUCACAUAUUGAUGCAUUGGCAACUUCAGUUAAGCCAAUUUCAUUAAAGGAUAAUAAGGACGGUUAUAAUCUUUUAGGGGUUGCUCCCUACGCUGGGGCAUUGAGCUCUCAGUGGUGGGAUAGGGAUUUGGGAAUUGGCGGAAGAGUCUUGGUCAAGAUUGACGGGAAGGUGAAGUACGUAUACGUGGACUCUACUCCUCAGCCAGUGGCUAGGAUUUCAACCUUGGCCCCACAUUUCGGCACUCCUGCAAAUGGUCCUUUCAAUAAGGAAACGCAGACUGUUCCAAUCAUUGGGUAUGGCGGCAGUGAAGAGGAACCGACUGAAGACGAAAAGAAGUCUCCUCUUUACGGGAAGCAUUCCCUAAAAUUGUUGCGCUAUGUUGCUCAUAGAAUUGGGUACCGAGUAGAGGAUAUGUUGCAAUGGGACUUACAACUCUAUGAUGUGCAGAGAGGCGCCGUCGGUGGUUUGGAUAAUGAGUUCUUGUUUGCGCCUAGAAUUGACGACAGGCCGCAAAAAAAAAUCUCAAAUGAUUCUUUUGCCAUUGUCGGCUUGUUUGACAAUGAGGAAGUCGGAUCUGGGACCAGGCAGGGAGCUCAAGGCCGUUUGUUUCUGAGUGUGGUAGAGAGGGUGAUUGCUUCUUCUUACUACAACCCAGGAGACUUGGACGCCACUGAUCAAGUAAAAGUUGCCUUUGCCAAUUCCAUCAUUUUAUCCGCGGACGUCACUCACUUAUUCAAUCCAAAUUUCCCUGAUGUCUACCUUGAACAUCAUAAACCAGUUCCAAACAAGGGUAUGACGGUUGCUUUAGACCCUAACGGCCAUAUGGCCACAGAUUCAAAGGGGUUGGCUCUUAUUGAGCAGAUCGCCAAAAAAAACGGCGACGAACUUCAAUAUUUCCAGAUCAGAAACGAUUCUCGCUCUGGAGGUACAAUUGGUCCAUAUCUCUCCGUACAGACUGGUUCUCGUACUAUUGACUUGGGUAUCCCACAGUUAUCGAUGCAUUCAAUUAGGGCUGCCAUCGGAUCCAAAGACAUUGGUCUAGCGGUAAAUUUUUUUAAAGGCUUUUUCAAACACUGGAGGUCUACUUACGACGCUUUUGUGCAAGACUGA